AUGGCUUACGCAGGGCUCAACACUGCUUUGACUUCGUCGUACAAGACCAGGACGAGGGCUGACCCGGACCCGCGGAGGACGUUGGAGCCCGCGCCUUUGAAGUACGCCGGCGCACCCCCUUCGGUCGUCCAAAUCGUACGCCAACAGUGCCACGUGUUCGCGUACAACACGUCCGGGCGACCCACUUGCAUCAUCAUGCGACGCCGCACCGUGUCCAGCGGGUACGACAGCAGCCCCGCCACGGUCUGCACCGUUUGCGUGACGAUCCAUUUUUACCACACGUGGGCGUCAGGGGGGUAUCGGGGGGGAUCGCCAAGACUGCCACGGCGCCCAUCGAGCGCGUCAGGUUUCCUGCAAGUGCAAGCUGCGUCGACCCAAAUCAAGCAGCCGUACACCGGCAUCCUCAACUGCUUUGUCCGCGUGUUUCACGAACAAGGCCUGGCGUCGUUCUGGCGAGCGCUCAACUUUGCCACGAAGGACAAGUACAAACAGCUCUUCUUGCCCACCGGAUCCAAGGAAAAUAUGGGGUUUUGGUGGUUCUUUCUCUGCAACAUGGCCGCAGGGGGGGCUGCCGGGGCCAACUCCCUCGCCGCGCAGCACCCCCGCGUCCACCGUGGGUUGUGGCACUGCCUCACGGACAUGUACGCCACGAGCGGCCUCCGGGGGCUGUACUGGGGGUUCGGGGUGUCUAUGGGGGGGAUCAUCGUGUACCGCGCGUCGCUCUUUGGCGGGUACGACACCGCUCGAGACGUGUGGCUGACCAAGGACGCCCCCUUGUGGCAAAAAUGGAUCGUCGCGCAAACGGUGCAGACCGUGGCGGGGCUGCUGUCGUACCCGCUGGACACGGUGCGGCGUCGCAUGAUGAUGCAAGUGGGUCGCCCGGACGUGUUGUACGCGAACACGUGGCACUGUUGGCGUACGAUUUGGACGACCGAAGGGGGUGCGCCGGCGUACUUCAAAGGCGCGGGCUCCAACGUCCUCCGCGGGUCCGGGUCAGCCCUCGUCCUGGUCUUGUACGACGAAGUCAAAGCAGUGUUGAGCCCUGCGUAA